AUGUACAGCUUUAUGGGAGGUGGUCUGUUCUGUGCGAUCGUGGGGAACAUUCUGCUGGUGGUUUCCUGUGCCACAGACUACUGGAUGCAAUACCGUCUGUCCGGCAGCUUCGCGCACCAGGGCCUGUGGAGGUACUGCAUGUCAGGAAAGUGCUACCUGCAGACAGACAGCAUCGCUUACUGGAACGCCACUCGCGCCUUCAUGAUCCUAUCGGCCAUGUCCUGCUUCUCCGGCAUCAUCGCCGGGAUCCUCUCAUUCGCUCACUUCUCUGCUUUCGAGAGGUUCAACCGCUCCUUCGCCGCCGGCAUCAUGUUCUUCAUCUCCACGCUCUUUGUACUGCUGGCCAUGGCCAUCUACACCGGGGUGACGGUGAACUUCCUGGGUAAGCGCUUUGGGGACUGGCGCUUCUCCUGGUCUUACAUCCUGGGCUGGGUGGCUCUGCUCAUGACCUUCUUUGCAGGUAUAUUUUACAUGUGUGCCUACAGGAUGCAUGAGUGCAGGAGAAUGGCAGGCCCUCGCUAA